AUGGAUAAGACUUACUCGCGGGGCAGAGGCGUCAGCGACACAUUUUUAUUUCAUAUAUCAUGUAAGCGAUACCGCGUAUAUAAUAUCAAAUUGCAUGAGAAAGAACAACACAAGCUUCAUCUAAUAAAAAGCGACUUGAUCGACUUUUGGAGGAAGCCGUCUUAUGAGCACAAUGUUAGUGGUCAAGCAAUGGUACCUCCAUCCCAUUUUGAAUGGUUUGAAGAAAAACUUGGAGAAAACAAUAUAACAAAAGACAUUGUCAUAGAUGAUGUUUACGAAUAUCUUCAUGAGAAAAACCUUAAUAGAGAAGUAACAGAGACAGUGUUUGAUUAUAAUAACUACCACAGGUAUGACAAAAUUCAUAGUUACUUGAAAUCGAUUGAAGAAGAAUAUUCAAAUUCAAAUGAAAUUUUCAUAAAAUUGGUAGAAGCUGGCACUACAGACGAAGAUCGACCUUUAAUCUAUUUGUCGGUUACAUCUAAGUCCUCUGUGAAAACUCAAAAACCGGUUGUAAUCAUUGAAGCUGGAAUAAAUCCUAGAGAGUGGAUAACUGUACCAGCAGCUAUAAACAUCGUUGAUAAACUAGUCGAAGUAAAUCAGAAGAGUUUCAUACAAAAUCUAGAAUGGAUUAUAAUACCUGUUCUAAAUCCUGAUGGAUAUGAAUACACUCACACAAAUCUUCGUCUGUGGACUAAAUCAAGAAGCAUAAGAAGCAAUCUCGGUCAUGUUUGUCCAGGGGUCAACAUCAAUCGUAAUUUUGACAUUGACUGGCUUUUCUCAGACACCAGCUCCAGUCCUUGCAGCCACCUCUACGGUGGCGUUGAAGCACUUUCUGAACCUGAAACCAAAAUGAUUAAGAAUUUGAUUGAAAAAUAUGGAAGAACUAUAAGAUUGUACAUUUCAUUACAGAAUAAUGGAAAUUUUAUUUCGUAUCCUUGGCAAUAUGAAAGAGCUGCGAGUGGGAUGUUUCGUCAACAUCACUUACUUGGCUUAAACAUGACAUCUGCAAUGGGUGAUGAGUAUAAGCUUGAUGUUGGUUCUGUUGCAGUUGGUGAUAGAGCCUCUGGUACCAGUACAGAUUAUGUGAUGGACAGUGGAGUUUUGUACACGUUUAACAUCAAUAUUGCAAAUAAAGGUGUUAACGGUGUCAUCAUACCAGAAACCGAAAUUAAACCUAUCUCUGAAAAAGUGUGGAAUACGGUUGCUAUUGCAGCACAAAGUAUUAUAAAACCUAGCGUGGAUGCAAAUGGUUCAAGUUGA